AUGCAGAAGCCUGUCAUCAAACGAGAGGGCACAGGCACGGAGAUACCAAUGAUUGGGGACCGAGUCUUUGUCCACUACACUGGCUGGCUGUUAGAUGGCACAAAGUUUGACUCCAGUCUGGAACGCAAGGAAAAAUUCUCCUUUGACCUGGGAAAAGGUGAGGUCAUCAAGGCUUGGGACAUUGCUGUCGCAACCAUGAAGGUGGGGGAAGUGUGCCACAUCACCUGCAAACCAGAAUAUGCCUACGGUUCAGCAGGCAGCCCUCCAAAGAUCCCCCCCAAUGCCACGCUUGUGUUCGAGGUGGAGUUAUUUGAGUUCAAGGGAGAGGACCUGACAGAAGAUGAAGAUGGCGGUAUCAUCCGCAGAAUACGGACUCGGGGUGAAGGCUAUGCCAGGCCCAACGAGGGCGCUCUUGUGGAGGUCGCUCUGGAAGGGUACUACAAGGACCAGCUGUUUGACCAGCGGGAGCUCCGCUUUGAGGUCGGUGAAGGGGAGAGUCUGGAUUUGCCUUAUGGGCUGGAGAGAGCCAUUCAGCGUAUGGAGAAAGGAGAACAUUCCAUUGUGUACCUCAAGCCCAGCUAUGCUUUUGGCAAUGUUGGGAAGGAGAAGUUCCAAAUCCCACCACAUGCCACACUGAAAUAUGAAUUACACCUCAAGAAUUUUGAGAAGGCCAAGGAAUCUUGGGAAAUGAGUUCAGAGGAGAAGCUGGAACAGAGCACCAUAGUGAAAGAGCGGGGCACUGUGUUCUUCAAGGAAGGCAAGUACAAGCAAGCUUUACAACAGUACAAGAAGAUUGUGUCCUGGCUGGAGUAUGAGUCAAGUUUUUCCAGUGAGGAAGUGAAGAGAGCACAGGCUCUUCGACUGGCCUCCCACCUCAACCUGGCCAUGUGUCAUCUGAAACUACAGGCCUUCUCCUCUGCCAUUGAAAGUUGUAACAAGGCCCUGGAACUGGACAGCAACAAUGAGAAGGGCCUCUUCCGCCGGGGAGAAGCCCACCUGGCUGUGAAUGACUUUGACCUGGCACGGGCUGACUUCCAGAAGGUCCUGCAGCUCUACCCCAGCAACAAAGCUGCCAAGGCCCAACUGGCUGUGUGCCAGCAGCGGAUCCGCAAACAGCUUGCCCGGGAAAAGAAGCUCUAUGCCAACAUGUUUGAGAGGCUGGCUGAGGAGGAGAGCAAGGCCAAGGCAGACAUAGCUGCAGGAGACCAUCAGGCUGACACAGAGAUGAAGGAUGAGCAGAAGAAGGAUGCGGCAGGGAGCCAGUCUCAGGUGGAGACAGAAGCAUAGCCUCUCCCAGCCCAGCUCCUGCGGCUGCCUGCCUCCCCUGCUCCCUCCCCUACUCCACCCUGUUAGUUUUGUAAAAACUGAAGAAUUUUGAGUGAAUUAGACCUUUAUUUUUCUAUCUGGCUGGAUGGUGGCUUUGGUGGGGAGGGGGAAAGGUAUAGGCUAGGGGGACUGAGGUGGGGCAUAAUUUUAGGUGGUGUCACCCCUCUUCCCUUCCCCCAUUACACUCAAACAUAUGUCCAUCCACAUAUACUUAUCUGAAUGUUAAUUUAUUUUGCUCCCUGUUUGUUAGGUCCAUUUUUCAAAUGGUAGAAGGGGGCGAGUGGUAGGGAGGGGGUCUGAUGUGAAACCAGGGUGGAGAGGGAGACUCCUGGGCAGCCGCUUUCCUCAUCCUUUCUUUCUCCCAGUCCAUUUCCAAACACGUGGCCUCCAUGUGGGUGCUAGGGGCAUGGGAAGAACCACUGCUGUGCCCAUUAUUUCUCUGUUCCCGUCCUCACCCCAGAUGGUGUGGCUGUGAUGUUUUCUGGUGUCAUGGUGACCACCCUCUGUACCUGCUUCCAGUACUUCCUGUAUCAGUUUCCCUUCUCAGUCAGGUUGUAUCCCCACCCCAUCCCACCCCCAGCCUCUUCUCUGCACGUUGCUGAAGGUCCAGGCUUGCCUCAAGUUAUGUGCUUGAGCAAUAAAGUGGAAACAA